AUUUUAAAUUUUUCAAAAUUUAAGUGCACUUGCAGAUCAAUUUCUUCUCUAGCUUCACUUUGGAUCUGCAAAUGCGCACCGUCUUGUUCUCCCCACCGACUUCUUCUAAAUUUCGAAUCUUGAAGCUGUGUAAGCCUGCAGUUUUGUGCGCAAGGGAAUUUUUACCAUUUUUUAGGUAGAUUUAUAAUGAUUUGGAGAGCACAUAAGGGGGAAAAUUGUCAUAAAGUAGGAAUUGGGAUAUGCAGCUUUAUUUUUUUGUCAAGCAACUAUGGAAAGUAACAGAAUAAUAUCUACUCCUUCAGAUGGGCUUAGUGAUGGUAGUCAGAGAAUGCGAUCUCUGCAUGGGAGGACUAGUGGCCCUACAAGGCGUUCCACAAAAGGGCAAUGGACCCCUGAAGAGGAUGAGAUAUUGCGGAAGGCUGUUCAGCGAUUCAAGGGAAAGAAUUGGAAGAAAAUUGCUGAAUGUUUCAAGGACCGGACGGAUGUACAGUGCUUACAUAGGUGGCAGAAAGUCUUGAAUCCAGAACUUGUUAAAGGUCCAUGGUCUAAAGAGGAGGAUGAAAUAAUAAUAGAAUUGGUGAACAAGUUUGGGCCAAAAAAGUGGUCCACAAUUGCUCAGCAUUUACCAGGGCGUAUUGGAAAGCAAUGCAGGGAAAGGUGGCAUAAUCAUCUUAACCCCUCCAUAAACAAAGAGGCAUGGACUCAAGAAGAGGAGCUGGCUUUAAUUCGUGCACAUCAGAUUUAUGGGAACAGAUGGGCAGAGCUAACAAAGUUCUUGCCAGGAAGGACAGACAAUGCUAUAAAAAAUCACUGGAACAGCUCUGUGAAAAAGAAAUUGGAUUCUUACUUGGCAUCAGGACUACUAGAGCAAUUUCAAGGCCUGCCUCUUGCUGGGCAUCAUAAUCAACCCAUGCCCUUAUCGUCUUUGAGGAUGCAGAGCAGUGGAGAUGACAGUUGUCCUAAAGGUGGAGCUGAAGCCGAGGAAAUAUCAGAAUGCAGUCAAAAUUCAAAUGUUCUUGGUCUCUCUCAUUCAACAGGUAAUGCAGUUCUGAAUACAAGAGAGCAGCUCCUUAUAACUGAAGAGUCAAAUCUAGCUAAGGAUCACAGCUCCAGCCCAGCAUCUUGUUCGGAGCAAUAUUACACAUCUCUGGAAGAUGUCACAUUUUCCAUCCCAGAAAUACCUUGUGAAGUGGGUUGCUCUUCUAAGUUCCCUGAGCAAAAUUUUGUGCAUGAUGCUGGGACUUUUGCAAGGGAUUACCAGUUCAAUUUACAGGAUUUACCUAAUUUAUCUUCACUGGACUUGGGGCAUCAAUCAUCAGGGUUGCCAGCUAAUUGUACGGAUUCUCAUGAAAGUCAUGAAAUGGUCAAUGUUCCAUAUCAAAAUUCCGUGGAAUUGAGUGCUCCGAGCUCUAUAGGUAAUCUGGCUGCAGGUUCUGAUAAACCAGAGCACAUCUUGAUAACAGACGAUGAAUGUUGCAGGGUCUUGUUUGCAGAGGCAAUGAAAGAUGGAUGUUUUUCCUUGGAAAAUUUUGCACAAGGGUUGAAUAUGGUUGAAUCAUCACUCUGUCGCCCCUUGGACAUUCAGAUUUCUGAAGGUGGCAGAACCUCACCUUCCCAAGCUUAUUGUCCUUCAAAGCCUGAACUAUUUGGAACUUCAUGUAGUCAAUCUUUUCUAUCUGCUCCUAUGGUACUUUCAACUGACGAUGGUGCAUUUGUAUAUGUUAGUGAAUCCAAUCAGUUGAAUUGUCACUCUUAUGGAACUCAAGAUCAAGAAUUCAAUACAAGUGGGCAUGAUGCCUUUAUCUAUACCAAUGAAUCUGUCAAUUCCCCUUGUGAUGAUGGUAAAGAUAAUUCAUGCCUGCAAGAGCCAUCAUAUCUUGCAAAGGAUUCUUUGAAACUAGUUCCUGCAAAUAGUUUCAGUUUGAGAUCAGAUGCCAUGAUAGCUUGUCCUUCAGAGCAUGCCGAGCCCAACAUGCAAACAGAACAGCAGGAUGGAGGAUCCCUAUGCUAUGAACCUCCUCGUUUUCCAAGUUUGGAUGUUCCUUUCUUUAGUUGUGAUCUUAUACAAUCUGGUGAUACGCAGCAAGAAUACAGUCCGCUUGGAAUACGUCAGCUAAUGAUGUCAUCAAUGAACUGCAUUACUCCAUUUAGGUUAUGGGAUUCUCCAUCUCGGGAUGAUAGCCCUGAAGCUGUGCUGAAAAGUGCUGCUAAAACUUUUACAGGAACACCAUCCAUAUUGAAGAAACGACACCGUGAGUUGUUGUCACCUUUGUCAGAUAGAAGGAACGAUAAAAAGCUUGAAAUCGACAUGACUUCCAGUUUGGCCCGGGAUUUUUCUCGUCUAGAUGUCAUGUUUGAUGAGGGUGGUGGGAUUCGCAGAGCAUCUCUGCUGUCUCCACUGUCAAACCGAAUGAGGAACUCUGGAGCCUUCAAUGAAGAUAAAGAAAAUUCGGGUCAUGCUUUUGAUGAUGGACAAGAAAAGGAUAAAGAUCAAUCUGCAGUCUUGCAUGACAGAAUUUCUGAGAAAGAUUGUCAUUGCAGUUAUUCCGAUGCCAACGUAAAGAAAGAAUCUGUUGAUAUUGAUUCCAAGACCAAUGCUAAUGCUGGUGCCACUAUCAAAACUGAGAAACAGCCUGCAGGAGUCCUUGUUGAACAUAAUGUGAAUGAUCUGCUAUUUUCUCCUGAUCAAGCUGGUUUAACAGCUGAAAGAGCACUGGCCACUACUGCUCGAACACCAAGAAAUCAGUAUUUUAAAACCUUUGUAGCUAAUCAAGGUGCUGCACCCGAACAGUCACCUGCAAAUGCAUGCUCUCCAGCAAUUUCCAAAAAUAACAAUGGAAGUAAUUCUAGUACAAUUAAGACAGUAAAACCCAUUCCUUCAUUGGCACCACCAGCAAAUACGGUUUUUAAUGCUGGGAGUGAUGUUGGCAUCGAAAACUAUAACAUAUUUGGUGAAACUCCAUUCAAAAGAAGUAUAGAAUCCCCUUCAGCAUGGAAGUCCCCUUGGUUUAUGAACUCUUUUGUGCCUGGUCCAAGGAUUGACACUGAAAUAACAAUUGAGGAUAUUGGUUAUUUUAUGAGCCCAGGAGAAAGAAGCUAUGAUGCCAUUGGAUUGAUGAAACAGUUAAGCGAGCACACUGCUGCUGCAUAUGCUGAUGCCUUGGAGGUCUUAGGAAAUGAGACUUCUGAAAAAACAGUAGACGAAGGAAACACUAAAAAUUUAAGUUUGGACCAAGAGAACGAUCAUGUCACCCAUAAUGAGCAGGAGCUUGACCAUUUGGCUUCAAAUAUUUUGAUGGAGCGCCGCACCCUUGACUUUAGUGAAUGUGGAACCCCUGGGAAAGGAAUAGAAAAUAGGAAAUCCUCAACUGCCAUAGACUUCUCAAGCCCCUCCUCAUAUCUAUUGAAAGGUUGCAGGUAGUGAUUUCGAAGGGCAAAAGCCUUCUCUACAUUGUAGUUUACAAAUAUAUAUAUAAAAUAUAUAUGUGUAAGUUUUUCUUUCUUUUUUUUGAAUUUUCCUUUUUGUUCUUAUUCCAUUUGCUGUUGUAGCAGCUGAAUUACAACUUAAUUAAUUGAUUAAAAAAAAAAAAAAAUAUUGUUCUACUCCAUUAUGUGGAAUUACAAACGGAAGUGCAUUUACUUCCAAUCUUACAUAAAU